UGUCUCACAAUGACUGCCCACGACUGACCUUUGAACGGCACAAUGACUGAGCAAAGCGUAGUUAUUUAAUCACAGAGAAAUAGACAGAGGUAGUAAUUUAAACUUUUGAAAUUAUUUAAGUAUUUUGUCAAUUGACCAACUGGCAUGGUCUUAUCUUUUAUCGAAAUAUAACUGUUGCAAUUAAAUGACCUAUUUGUGAAAUUAGCCUAUUAUUUCAAUUCAAUGUGUAUUGGUCAUGUGCACACGAUAGGGUGUAAACCGGCAAUAGGUUUGAUAUCGAAACUAACUAUAGCUUUAGGGAAUCAUUAGUCUAAUAUUCUAGCGAUUUAACGAAAAUGUUAUCUUUAAUUACAUCGUUUCUUCCGAGUUUACCUGGAUGGCUGACGCUUGAUGCAAACCCCCUGGACAGUCUACUCCAAGGACUUGUCGGGGCAUGUGGGAUCUCUGUUCUCUGUAACCUGUUGAGAGUACACGUAUUCUUAGAGGCUGAAAGUUCAAGCAACAAAAGCAGCAGUAAAGAGACAUCUAUGCAGAAGAAACCAAGGCAUCAAGCCAGUGCUAAAAUUGGGCUGAGUGGAACUCUCCAGUUCUUGUUCCUGUCAGUGAUGCUGGCUGUAGUGGGCUCUCGGGUUGCCUCCCUGGUGGUUCUAGAGUUCUCCCUCAGAGCAGUGUCAGCUUGGGUCACAGCUGGACCAGAGUCCAGUAGGUUCCUACAGCAGCUGCUGGUCCAGUGCCAGUUCUCCCUGGGUUGUGCCCUCAGCUGCAGUCUCCAUUUCCUCCACGAGGGGGCGCCACAGCGCUGGCUCUGCCUCCUCCUAGCUGCAGGACUGAGCUGGUUCCUGGCCAGCCAGACUGGGCGCCUACGGCUCCAUGUCAUUUCACUGUACAAACUACACAGUUCCCAGCGCUACUGUGGAGUGUGCAUUGCACUGCUCACAUCAGGUUGCUCUUUGUUACCACACCUGACCAGGGCCCUUAUGCUCAGCUUUGCAGUGGCUGCCAUUUCCGCCAUAUCUAUAAUAAACAAACACUUCCUCUCAGCUACAGAAGCCCUCAGGUUCUGGACUCCACUGACAAUCUGCUACACACUGCUGGUGGUGUAUAUGCAGGAGGAGCAACAUCACCAGCCAAGUGGCCAAGCUGUUAUAAACACAGUGGUGGUGCGUCUGGGGGGGCUCAUGGUCCUGAUGCUGACUGUCGGCCGCUGGGCAGAUGUGCUCCAUAUCCUUCUGUGCUUCCUGGGUGAGGCUGGCUGUCUGAUACCCUCCAGAGACCUGUUGGAUGCUACAACACAGGAUAUGGAGGAAGUUCCCAGACAUUCCCAGGGAAGUGAGAACCGGAGGAGACACCUGACACCUGGCAAAGACCACCAGAGUUAAGUCAUGGGAAGAAACUAUUUGUGCUGGGAAUCUUUCUUAAGCAAUAGUCUAUUAUAUUCUAUGAUUAUAAUCAUAUCAAUUAUUGACAAGUGUGGACUUUUAUACCUAGGAAGGAUAUAAUGAAAAUAAUAAUAAAAUGGUAUUAUGACACAUCUACUAACCUUUUGAAUAAGGUACCUUGCAAUAAUGUUAUUUUCACAUAGAAAUGCAGAGCUCUUGGGAGAUAGGAAUGAUGCUCUUGACUUUGUUUUCAAAUGUCACUGCCAUUAAAUUGAGCCAGAAGCUCUUUAGAAUGCACAGAAUGGACCUUAUCAGCCCUGAAGUAAUCUAACAAAUGCUGCUUUAGUGUAAAGCAUUGGUUAAGGCUACAUCAUCUCAUGUAACAGUAGCAGCUGCUGUAACAGUAUCACUUGACACCAGAGAUGUGAUCAUUAUCUCCUGAACACAGGAUGUUUAUGGUAUACAAUUUCCUCUACUUUCUUUGGGUAGAUUGUAUUUCAUCACAGGCAGGCUCUCCAGCGCAAGCUAUGUCAUAUUAUGUUACAGUGGCAAGAAAAAGUAUGUGAACCCUUUGGACCAUUCCUCUUUAUAACACUGUUUCAG